AGAGAGAGAGAGAGAGAGAGAGAGAGAGAGAGCUGACAGUCAAGCUUGCUUCUUGUUCGAUCUUGAUGACAGCAAUCUGUCAUUUGUUGUGGGCUAUUGUUUUCAUUCAAGCCUUCUGCUUCAACAGCUAGUUGAGGGCGUUAUGCUUGUCUUGUCGUUGAAGCCUCGUGGAAUAUGGGGGGACAGUAAUCCUGCAAACAGAGAGCUUUCGGUCUCUAGAAUAACGUCCGCGGCUUGCUUGCCUUCGCUUUCAGGAUUCUUGUGGAUCAAGAAUGAGUGAAUGAGUUGUUCCGGUGAUCAAAGAUCUAAUCUUUCUCGGGAAUUCCAGUCGUUCUUGUAGUGGUCUGCGAUGAAUCUCCAGACGAAUGAUCUCCAUGACCUCUGUUUUGGAUCAUUGGGCAAUGCUCCGUUUGAGGCUCUCGACCUUUCUUACAAGGCGCCCGCUUUCUUGGGGUGUUGUUUUCCUGUGGCAAGGAAUCCCUUCUCUUCUCAUACACCGAGGCGAGGUUUCAUGCCGCCUGAUCUGCCCACUCCUGGUUCGAGCUGUGUUGGAUCGUCUCCUGCCGCCUUCUAUGCUGCUGAGCAAAUGAUGGGCUUGCCUCUGCUCGACUACCGAUCCGUCUCUAAACCGACAAGGACUUCCUCGGAAGCUUGGUCGUCGAACAAGCCCGCAGCGUCAGCGUCAUUCUUCGAGCAAGACGGUAUUAGUUGUCGGUCAAGGGAUGAUGCUUUGGACUCUGUCUUGAAUCUUCGGAUGCUGCAAAGCAGAGUUCCAAGCUCCAGAGAUGAUUUCAGUAAUUUUCUACGUGAAGAUCCCCAGCCUCAUCCGGGGAGCAGACAGGCAGGUUGGAGUGCCGCCAGUCCACCUCUUGUCAUUCAUGAUCCCUCUGUCGGAUGCGGUCCAUCAAGCUCCUCGACGGAAAAGCAGAACUCUCAGCUUCAGACAGAGAAGCAACUGCCCAAGGCUUUGUCGACUGCUCCCGGCACGGCUCUCUCCAACAAAACGCGAAUAAGGUGGACGCAGGAUCUCCAUGAGCGGUUUGUGGAGUGUGCGAAUCGGCUCGGAGGAGCCGAGAAAGCAACUCCAAAGGGGAUUCUGAAGUUGAUGAAUUCAGCUGGGUUAACCAUAUACCAUGUCAAGAGCCAUUUGCAGAAAUAUAGGAUUGCCAAGCACAUGCCAGAACGAGCAGAAGGCAAGUUUGAAAGAAGAGCUGCUGCCAAUGUUGCAGAACUCGAUCCGAAAAUUGGCAUGCAGUUUACAGAAGCAUUGAGGCUUCAACUAGAUGUCCAAGUGCGUCUUCACGAGCAGCUGGAGAUUCAGAAGAACCUGCAGUUGAGAAUAGAGGCACAGAGUAGGAAGCUGCAGCAGAUGCUUGAAGAGCAAGCCAAAAGCAAUACAAGUCAUGUGCAGACUGAAAACAUGGAUGUCUCGUCUGCAGGAGAUAGUCCUGCAGAAAGUUUCGACGAUGCUCAACUGUUACACCAAGUUUCCAUCGAAGAUUAGUUAGCUUUAAGAUGCAGCACACAGUUCCAUUUCAAGUGUGGACAGGCUCACCAGCUUUGAACAUUCCUCAAGUCAAGUCUCCUAACACGUACUAAAGAUGAAAUUUUUGUCCGAUAAAUUCUUGUUGAAUGGAUGCUUGGUGUAACAUGAUCAAUUUCUUCCAACACUCAAGUGUGUGAAUUCACUUAGCUUUUCCACUGUUUUGGUACAAAAAAGGGAUCCAAGACUUGGAAUUCCAUAUGAUCACACUGUUUGAAUUAAGGAUAGAUGAAUCUUUCUUACAUAUAGAAGAAUGAUGCUGAUAGUGUUCUAAGGUCCUUUAGCUGGUUUUCAUAUAACUUUUGACCAUAAUAAAGGCUCUUAUUUUGUUCUCGCAAA